AUGUGCCGCCGCUUCUGCCGCGAGCUGGGCGCCGUGGUCGUCUCCGUGAACUACCGCCUCGCGCCCGAGCACCGCCACCCGGCCGCCUACGACGACUGCGUGGACGUGCUCCGCUACCUCGGCGCCACCGGCCUCCCCGCGGACGCCUCCGUCCCGGUCGACCUCUCCCGCUGCUUCCUCGGCGGGGACAGCGCGGGGGGCAACAUCGUCCACCACGUCGCCCAGCGGUGGACGGACGCGCCUCCCCCCGACAGCCCCGUCCGCCUGGCCGGCAUCAUACUCCUGCAGCCGUACUUCGGCGGGGAGGAGCGCACGGAGGCGGAGCUGAGGCUGGAGGGCGUGGCGCCGGUGGUGAACAUGCGGCGCUCCGACUGGGCGUGGAGGGCGUUCCUGCCGGAGGGGGCGGACCGGAACCACCCGGCGGCGCACGUGACGGGCGAGGCGGGCCCGGAGCCCGAGCUGGCGGAGGCGUUCCCGCCGGCGAUGGUGGCCGUCGGCGGGCUGGACCCGCUGCAGGACUGGCAGCGGCGGUACGGCGCCAUGCUGCGGCGGAAGGGGAAGGCGGUCAAGGUGCUCGAGUUGCCGGACGCCAUCCACGCCUUCUACUGCUUCCCCGAGCUCCCCGACUCAGGCAGGCUCGUGGAGGAGAUCAGGGCGUUCAUCGGGACCAACGCGCCCACUCAUCACCCCGAUGCUUAA